UCGGUUAUUGCAGCAUUUACAUUUAGCCGGUAUAGUUAUUACAUCAGUUCAGUGCACAUUUGUUGGGAAAAUGUUUAUAAGCUUGGAAGCUGUCUACAGAGAGUAUGAACAUUUAAAACAUUAAUAAUCAUCAUCUCUACAAUGAGACUGUUUAAGAUUUUGUCAAUCAGGCAGUUAAAGCCGUAUUUCAAAAGCAGUUUCCGAUUUUAUGCACAAGAAACCAAAGCAAGAGAGAAUCCAAUCAUAAUGAAGUUGGACACCCCGGAGUUCAGCUCACUGUUCACUGUAGAACUAUUAACAUUGGCUUCUAUCUUCAAAAACCAUAAUUAUGAGCUUCGGAUUGCUGGUGGAGCUGUCAGAGAUUUGUUAAUGAACAAAAAGCCCAAAGACUUAGAUUUUGCUACAAAUGCAACACCUGAUCAGAUGAAGGAGAUGUUUAACAAAGAGGGUGUGAGAAUGAUAAAUAAUAAUGGUGAAAAGCAUGGUACAAUUACACCAAGAAUAAAUAACAAUCAAAAUUUUGAAGUGACAACCUUGAGAAUUGAUAAAAAGACUGAUGGCCGUCAUGCAGAGGUGGAGUUCACCAAAGACUGGAAGUUGGAUGCCAAUAGACGAGACCUAACCAUCAACUCCAUGUUUCUAGGUUUGGAUGGUACACUGUACGAUUACUUCCAUGGAUAUGAUGAUCUGAUGAAGAGAAGAGUUGUGUUCGUUGGUGAUGCCAGGAAAAGGAUUCAAGAAGAUUACUUGAGGAUACUGAGAUAUUUCAGGUUUUAUGGGAGGAUAGCAGAAGUGCCUGAUAACCAUGACAGAGACACCUUGGAUGCCAUCAAGGAGAAUGGGGCCGGUCUUGCUCAGAUAUCUGGAGAGAGAAUAUGGAUGGAGUUCUCACUUAUAUUGGCUGGCAACUUCUGGGGUUCCCUUGUCGAGGACAUUAUCAAAUGUGGACUUGGCCCACACAUGGGAAUGCCAAAGGAACCAGAUGUGGAAAGUUUUAUUGAACUAUACAACAGUGGCAAAAACAUUGAGCUGAAUCCAGUCUCAAGGAUGACACCUUUAUUCAGGAAUGAAGACGAGUUUUUGGAUUUGAAUGCAAGACUGAAGAUGUCCUCGUCUCACAGAGACAUGGGACUCUUUAUCAUCGCUCACAGAAAUGACAAUAUUACUUUAAGGUGGUGCAAGUAUAACACAAUCAUGCUGCAGCAACGUGCCAAGUUGUCAUCUAUCCAGGAGUGGAUAAAGGAGAUGCUCACUUACAAGCAUGAGACUGCAUUGUUAGAUGAGUAUGCUAAGUGGCAGAUUCCCAGGUUCCCAGUCAGUGGUAGAGUGUUAAAAGACCAUGGUGUUCCGAUGGAUCGGAAUACUGCAAGAGUGAUAAACAAACUAAAAGAGUACUGGGUAGAUCACGACUGUGCAUUAGAUGAUAAACAGAUUCUGGAACAAGUACCUGCUGUCUUGGAGGAAAUAAAAAAUACAUCUCCACCUAGGUCACCUAAUGUUCAAAGGAAAAAGAAAAAAGUGUAAAUAAAUGAAGUUAACCUUAUUAAA